AUUGUUUAGAAAGGACAAAAUAAACAAUCGGAAAAUCGAUAUUGCAUAAUUUUAAAUGAUUCAAAACAGGAACAUAAUCGGUUUAAACAAAAAAAAAACUUGCAAAAGUUUUUUUUCUACAUGUUACUAUAUUGUCAGGUGUAAUUUUUUUGUGUGUAUGUAUGUGCAUGUGUUGUGUUGUGAAGUUUGGGCACAAACUUUAAAACUGCACCAUGCAAUUUUAUCGAUACUUUAUUAUUAGAAUCUUCGUCGAUGAAUAAAUGAUAUCAAAUAAGGUCAGGAUGUUAUUACAAAUCCAAGUGAACGUAAACCGAUCUCGAUUCAAAAAUAUAUAUAUAUUUAUUUUCUCCUUCGAAUAUCGCGUAUCAGCAAUCUGAUUGGCUGUAUCGAAAAUUAAGCUGUGUAUAUAUGUGACACGCUGCAUUCGGCUAAUGUAUAGUUGUCUUUAAACGGUUAGGAUGUUGCAUUUUUUCUCUUUCUUUACUUUUCUGAUGUCGGGAUAAGGUCUCGUUCGGGGUGGAACCGGUAACUUUCGAUGCGUGUCUCCUUUGUGAGUCAGUAUCACGAGACUCUAUGUCCCACGACCUUCGUUAAUGACAGGUACUCGCUGCUAGACCAUAUAACAACUGGAUCGGCAAUAAUCACAGACACUCACUCGCAACACGCCGAUGUGAAAACAGUCGAGGUGCCUUAAUUUAUCAGCCGAAUAUCGAUUAAAUUGCCAGAAAGAUCAUGAAGUUCGGGUGCACGGGGCAGUUAAUGGCCAACUUUUAUUCAAAGAUGGGAGUGCUGAUAGCUAGGCAUCCCGGAUAUUUUAUACUUAUUCCUUUCCUAUUAUCCGGCCUUUUGUCUACCGGUAUUAAGAGGUUUCAUUACGAACAAGAUCCCGAGUAUCUAUACACUCCCAUAGCAGGAGAAGCGUGGGAUGCACGCAACAGAGUGGAGAAACUUUUUCCACUUAACACUACCUCAUCUUUCGAUCCCGGAAGAACUACCAGGAUUGGUAGAAUAGGAUGGGUGGUGAUCGAAGCCAAAGACGGUGGAACCAUGUUCCGAAAAUCCAUCCUUCGCCAGGUGUUUCAGGUUCAUCGAACAAUUCAAAAUAUAACGAUAGAAUGGGAAGGUAAAUUGUUAAAGUACCGAAAUCUGUGCGCUAGGAAUCACGGUGAUUGUUUCAGGAAUGACAUUUUGGUGGUAGGGAAAAGGAUGAAGGCACUGGAGAAGGGCACGAGGAAGCUCCGAUACCCUAUCGAAUUUAACUCUAAGACGUAUAACUUUACUUUUUAUGCUGCCAAUUUGGGCGGUGUUACACUAGACCAAAACGGCUACGUUACGACGGCCAGGUCAAUUAGGUUGAUGUACUUUUUAGAUUACAGCGAUCCAAUAAAAGAAAAGAAGGCAUUAUUGUGGGAAAAUGCAUUUUUGGACAAAUUAGAAACUGCAUAUUACGAAGAAAUCAAGAUAGGAAGAUACGUCUCGUUAUCUUUAGAACAGGAAUUGAACCGAACAGUUCUAUCUCUCUUGCCAAUGUACCUGACGGUUGUAGUGAUUUUGGUAGUGUUUUCUGCUGUCACCUGCGCUACUACAGAUUGGGUACGAAGCAAACCUUGGUCUGGGAUAUUAGGAUUAAUAUCCACUGCAAUAGGAGUGAUUAGUGGUUUCGGCCUGAUGAUGUACUGUGGCGUAUCUUGCAUCGACAUCAAUGUUGCUGUGCCGUUUCUUAUGGCAGGUAUAGGAAUGGACGACACUUUUGUUAUGCUUGCAUCGUGGAGGAGGACGGAUCGAAACAAGAGUGUGGAGGAACGACUUGCAGAUGCCUAUUCAGAAGCUGGAGUUUCUAUCACUGUAACCUCCUUGACUAAUUUCCUUUCUUUUCUAAUUGGGAUAAGCACCCCUUUUCCUUCUGUACGCAUAUUUUGCUCAUAUGCGGCCGUAUGUGUUUUCUUUACGUACCUUUACCAAAUUACUUUCUUUGGUGGAACAAUGGCCAUAAGUGGGUUUGCCGAAGAGAAACAACUGCACGCUGCCAUAUGCAUCCCUCUAGGAAACUUUAAAACAGAAGGAAAAAAUUGUUUGACGAAAAUCUUGUGUAAUUCGAACAGCGACAAAGACACCGUCGAAAGUAAGCACGAACACAUGAUAAUGGUGUUCUUUCGCGAUCGAUUUGGGAAAUUGCUAAGCUACACCUCCGUUAAAAUUUUUGUGGUGCUGCUAUUUGUUGGUAAUCUUGGUAUAUCUUUCUGGGGUUGUACUCAGUUGGAGGAGGGAAUCGAAUUUAUAAGACUUUUUCCUCUAGACUCGUAUGCCAUAACCUUCUUCACCAUGUACAACAAGCAUUUUAGCUAUUACAAAGAAAGGAUUCAAGUGAUCGUCGACCAACCUCUCGACUAUUCGGAUCCGGAGAUACAGUAUCAGUUAGAAAACGCUUUGCAGAAGUUCGAAAGAAAUCGUUACAUAUCAGACUCGAGCCUAUCCGAAUCUUGGUUGAGGUGGUACCUGAAAUUCCUCAACGAGGCAUCGUUCCUGGUGAAAGAUUACGAUGUCAAAACUAAGGAGGGCUUCAUAAAAGGCUUAAAAGACGUAUUUUUGAGGAUACCCGCCACGGAACGAUUUAAAUCAGACGUACUCUUCAACGAGAACGGGACCGAAAUUUUGGCCAGUCGGUUCUUCAUCCAGACCAAUUACACUGCGCACCCCAACGACGAGAUCAACAUGCUUUUAGAAUUGAGGAAACUGGCCUCCGAUCUGCCAUUUAAAACAUUCGUACAGCACUACAUGUUCAUAUUCAUCGAUCAGUUUCUCAUGGUGGGGAAGACCACGUUCCAGUCUAUCAGCGUGGCAGCAGCCGUCAUGAUGGUGGUCUUCCUCUUCUUCAUUCCAAGUAUCAGCUGCUCCAUCUGGACCGCCUUCACCAUUAUCUCCAUAGAAAUCGGUGUCAUCGGUUAUAUGACUUUGUGGAACGUGAAUCUCGACACUAUUUCUAUGAUAAGUCUCAUUAUGUGUAUUGGAUUCUCUGUAGAUUACGCGGCUCACGUUUCUUAUUGUUUCAUCACUUCGCCGAAAUUGACAGGUGACGGGAAAAUGCGUGAUGCCCUGUACGCUGUCGGUUUCCCUGUUAUACAGUGUGGCGUGUCCACCAUUCUAGGAAUCUCAGUACUGAUUAUUUCACCUUCCUACGUGUUCUUCACCUUUUUCAAGGUGGUAUUUCUAGUUAUAAUCCUUGCCAUGUUGCAUAGCUUGUUCCUCUUGCCCGUUCUACUUUCGGUCUCGCACGACUGUUGGAGGAGGAGGAAGAGGGGUCCUUACGGUGACGAAAGCGACCUCGCCACAAUAUCAGCCACCAAAGAGCACGCGCUAACGUUACCGGAAGCGGAAGAAUUGCUGAAUAAAAAACUAGAAGCCAACGGUAACGUCGUUAAACUUAGUGAUGCCAAUUUAACAACGGUGUAGCUUCUAGGGUGACACUUAUUUUCUUGUAUAUAUCUAGUCUGUACCAUAGUUUUUUAAAACAAAAACGGUGGCAGGACCACCGAGGGUGAAUGAGGUAUUCAGUGUUAAACAUUUUGUGAUAUUCACCAUAAAUACGGUUGUUAAAUUUAUUAAACAGUUAUUAAAUAUUCGUGUUUCCCCCUGUGUUUUGUGUGUAAUGAAAGUAGAAUUUUUAAUAUGCCACAGGAUAAAAAGAUCCAGGUCACAUUUAUUUAUAAUUAUUGAGUAUAAAAAUGCUUAGUUGAAAAAAUAAUAAAAUAAAAUAGAAUAAUUUUAAUUAAACAAGUUUCUAAAAAUGAUGAUUCCUUGACACUAUAUUUUCGUGUUGUAUUUUACUGGACCUGAUGUUUCUUUAUCUGAUCUAUUGUAUUUUUGUUGUUGUUGUAAUAAAUAUACCACCAAUGUAUUUAAAAAAUUAAGUAUAAAAAAAAAUUAUACUGGAGUAAAUAUCUCAUCUAAAUCUAUAUUUUUGUUGUUUAUUAAUGGCCGUUGUAACACAAACCUGUAAACAACGGCCAACGACGAGAACAUAAAAAGAUGGCGCCGUUGUUGGGGGUUCGAGCAUACAUAAUUAUUU